AUGCCUUUGUAAAUAGCCAGGAAUGGACACUAAGCCGAUCCGUACCAGAGCUGAAAGUGGGGAUUGUGGGCAACCUUGCAAGUGGCAAGUCUGCACUUGUACACCGGUAUCUGACUGGGACCUAUGUCCAAGAGGAAUCACCUGAAGGUGGGAGAUUCAAGAAGGAGAUAGUAGUUGAUGGACAGAGCUAUCUGCUGCUGAUUAGAGAUGAAGGUGGCCCUCCAGAGGCACAGUUUGCCAUGUGGGUGGAUGCUGUUAUAUUUGUCUUCAGCUUGGAAGAUGAAAUUAGCUUCCAGACUGUUUACCACUACUACAGCCGUAUGGCUAACUAUCGGAACACUAGUGAAAUCCCAAUGGUACUAGUGGGAACCCAGGAUGCCAUCAGUUCCAGUAAUCCACGUGUCAUAGACGAUGCCAGAGCAAGGAAGUUGUCGAAUGAUCUGAAGAGAUGCACUUACUAUGAAACCUGUGCUACGUACGGGCUCAAUGUGGAGAGAGUCUUCCAGGAUGUUGCUCAGAAGAUUGUUGCAACAAGGAAGAAACAGCAACUCUCAAUUGGACCCUGCAAAUCUCUACCAAACUCUCCAAGCCACUCGUCCGUGUGUUCAGCCCAGGUUUCUGCUGUGCAUAUCAGCCAG